AUGGACCAGACAGGACUGAAUUCCAUGAGACUAAGAAUGUUGUUUGUAAUGUUUUUCAUAGUUUUCCCUGUUGUAAUAAUAGUUACUUUAAUGUACCGAAACUCAAGUUUCGAGCUUUUCGAGAGUUUUUCUAAAGACAAACUACAAGAAGAGAGUGGAACAACUCAAAACGUUACAACUAAUGGCUUUGGAUUAUUUGGAGGAACAGUCCAAAAUACAACUCAUGAGAGCUUAGGAGGAAAAAAACAGAAUAAUGAUUACCACGUCAGUAGUUCAAAAAAUGCAUCAUUAACCAGUUCAACAAAUGACUCGACCCCACAAACUGUGAUCCCAGAUGACAAGGUGACAGAUAAACUUCUUGAUGGACUCUUAGCUUCUGGAUUUGAUGAAACAUCAUGCUUAAGCAGGGUGCAGUCCCAUUUAUACCACAAAGCUUCACCCCACAAACCUUCUCCAUAUCUGAUAUCUAAACUACGAAACUACGAAGAAAUUCAUAGAAAGUGUGGUCCUUAUGGUAGAGCUUACGACAGAAGCAUGAUAGAAAUUGUACGCUCCAAGAACAGUGGUGUUAAAGAAAUGUGUAAAUACAUUAUUUGGACACCUGUCAAUGGUUUGGGGAACCAAAUGAUUAGCAUGGCUGCAACAUUUCUUUAUGCUGUUCUCACUGAUCGAGUGCUACUUGUUAAAUUUGGGAAAGACAAACAUGGCCUAUUUUGCGAGCCAUUUAUCAAUUCAACUUGGAUAUUGCCUGAGAAAUCUCAUUUUCGGAAUGAAAAGCAUAUAGAAAAAUAUCAGAUCAUGUUAGAGAAGGACAGUGCUAACAAUUCAAAGGAGCAUUUACCUUCAACUCUCUUUAUUAAUCUACAACACACCCGCAGUGAUCCUGAGAAACUUUUUCACUGUGACCAUAGUCAAGAUCUUCUCCAUAAGGUCCCUUUGUUGAUUUUGAGGUCUGAUCAAUAUUUUGUCCCUUCUCUGUUCAUGAACCCCUUUUUCAACCAAGAGAUUACCAAAAUAUUCCCAGAAAAAGACACAGUAUUCCACCAUUUGGGACGCUACCUUUUUCACCCUUCAAAUGAUGCAUGGAAACUAAUUAGCAAUUUCUAUGAGGCACACCUGGCCGAGGCAAAUGAGAGGGUAGGAAUCCAGAUAAGAGUAUUUAAUCCUGUUUCCACUCCACAACAAACCGUUAUGGACUUAGUUUUAAAUUGCACCAUGAAGCAUAAGCUACUGCCAGAAGUGAGUUCCCAAACUUCAUCACCUUCUACUGGGAAAAACAAAACUGUUAAGGCUGUUCUUGUGGCAUCUUUAUAUCCAGAAUAUGGUGAGAAUUUACGGACAAUGUAUCUGGAAAAACCAACUGUUACUGGGGAAAUAGUACAAGUUUAUCAACCAAGUCAUGAAGAGCAUCAAAAAUUUAAUGACAAUAAGCAUAAUAUGAAAGCUUGGGUGGACAUGUAUCUGCUAAGUUUAUCUGACGUGUUGGUGACUACCUCUCUGUCUACUUUUGGCUAUGUUGCUCAAGGAUUGGGACAUUUGAAGCCAUGGCUUCUUUAUAAGUUGGUAAAUAAUAAGACCCAUUUUCCAUCCUGUGAACGAGAUUUCUCAAUGGACCCUUGUUAUCAUACUCCUCCUAAGCAUUACUGCAACGGCAAGCCCAUAAAAGAUUACGUUUCUUCUUUUCUAUAUUUGAGGAAAUGCAAGGAUUAUCAUUUCGGAGUGAAGCUAGUUAAUGGUUCUAUGUAA